CUCUGCCAUGGCAAUGCUGUGGAUCAGUUCUUCUGUGAAAUGCCCCACAUCCUCAAGCUCUCCUGCUCAAACUCCUACUUCAGGGAAUUUGGGAUUCUCCUUGUUAGUGUUUGUUUAGCUGUUGGGUGCUUUGUAUUCAUUGUUGUGUCCUAUGUGCAGAUCUUCAGGGCCGUGCUGAGGAUGCCCUCUGAGCAGGGAUGGCACAAAACCUUCUCCACGUGCCUCCCUCACCUGGCUGUGGUCUCCCUGUUUCUCAGCACUGGCAUGGUUGCCUAUUUGAAACCACCCUCCUUCUCCUCCCCGGCUCUGGACCUGGUGGUGUCAUUUCUGUACUCAGUGGUGCCUCCAGUAAUGAACCCCAUCAUCUACAGCAUGAGGAACAAGGAGCUCAAGGAUGCUCUGUGGAAACUAAUGGUCAAAAGUGUUUUGAAAUCAGUGAACUGCCCACCUUUUUCUAUGUAA